AUGAUAUCAAUUAGAGUGCGAAAUGACUUAGAGAGCAAGUCCUGCCAAGACGACAAGACCGCCAAGAAGACCGAAGUUGGCCGAGGCAGCGUGCCAUGCGCCGUCCUCGAAGGUGGUGACGGAGCUGGAAGUGGUACCGUUGUUGGCAGAAGAGGUGCUGGUGCAAACUGGGCAGGUGGUGAGGGAUUGGGUGGAGAAAGUGGUGGUUGCGCUGGAAACAGUCACUGCAGAACUGGACGAGCCGCCGGAAGAGCCUUUGCCCUUGGUGAUAGUCACGGACUCACAGCCGGAAGCUGCGGCGCCGUCGGAGUAGAACAUCAGCUCCCAAGAGCUCUGGGACCAGUUGUAAGGGUCGUUGGUGUUCUUACAAGCGUAGAAGCCGUUGGAGGAGCCGUUGGCCUGCAGAGUACCGUCGUUGGUAAACGUAAAGGUGACCGGGUCGCUGAUCACACCAACACUAACGUACGAGGAGACCACACCGAAGGUAGCAGGGUAUUGGCCAAACUGAUCGCUGCUCAAUGUUUUGUUGGUAGCAUCGUAGCUGAAGUUGAGGGUGGAGUCGCUGUCUGCGAGGAAGACGUAGCUGAAUCCGGCACCCUCGUGGAGAGCAGAGAGGGCUUUUCCGUCAACAUCUGCGUUGGAAGACUUGGUCCACAGAGAAACCUGGUCGGCCAUGGCAAUGGCAGCAGUGGCAGCGAGAGCGAGAGAAGAGGAGAAUUUCAUGGUUUAGUAAAUUGA